UCCCCUUUCUUCCUCCCUUUUCGGACACGAACGUUGAGAAACAAUUAAUAAUUUCCCCAUUUUUUAAGAUUUAUUAUUUAAUUUUCACCCUAACCUCCAUUAAAGAGGUCUGUCUUCUUCUCUCACAUUAACCAUCUCUGCUUCUUCACACACCAUGAACUCAACCAAUAGCAAUACUCUCAACAGCUAUAGCAACGAAAGAAAAGUUCUCAAUUCUUCUAGCAAGCUAUUAAGUCUUUGAUUUUUCUUUCUUUUUUCAAUUUUUUCGCCGACUUUAUUUUACGCCCAUUUUCUCCUGUGUCGCCGCCUAUUUUACCGGUUUAUGUAUAGGGUAUGAUGAGAUCUGCACAGCUCUAAUUGCUACUGAUUUCCGUAUUCAUGAAGUUUUUGAAGAUCAUCAGUGACACAGCGUUAGAAUCUCAGAUCAUUUGAUCCAUUAUGUCUGAGGGUGUAGUUUUACAUGUUGAUUUUUAGCCAUAUAAAGGUGCUGCAACUCACAUGCAACGCGGAAGAUUUUCUUUAAUGGAUGUAAAAGGGACUUCUGACAUUGAGCAUAUGCUUUCUGCAUCAGGAUUCAAGAAUGAAUGGUGGCCGUUGGAUGAGAUUGAUCCAAAUAAAUCCAAGUUUCCAUGCUGUCUAGUUUGGACUCCUCUCCCAGUUGUCUCGUGGCUGACACCUUUCAUUGGGCAUGUUGGCAUAUGCAGGGAGGAUGGAACCAUCUUAGACUUUGCAGGAUCCAGUUUCGUGAAUGUUGAUGAUUUCGCAUUUGGUUCAGUGGCUAGAUAUCUUCAACUUGAUAGAGAGCAGUGUUGCUUUCCCCUAAACCUGGCUGGGCACACAUGCAAGCAUGGCUAUAUGCACACUGAGUAUGGGACUGCACUCACAUGGGAUGAGGCUUUGCAGUCAAGCGUGCGACUAUUCGAACAUAAGACCUACAACCUUUUCACAUGCAACUCUUAUUCUUUCAUUGCCAAUUGCCUCAAUCGACUCUGUUAUGGCCGAUCAAUGGAUUGGAACAUGAUAAAUGUGGCAGCUCUAAUUCUGUUUAAGGGGUAUUGGAUUGACUGGAAAUCAAUAAUCAGAUCAUUCCUUCCUUUCACUCUGGUGCUCUGCCUGGGCAUCUUUUUUGUCGGUUGGCCUUUUUUGAUUGGGCUGUUUUCGUUCUCCUUUCUCCUAAUUGGGUGGUUUUUCAUCGCUACUUAUUGCAUGAAAAACCUGUUAGAGUGAUAGAACUUGUGUAAUUAAUUUAUGUCAGAGGUCUGUUUUUGGGAAGAAGCUGAAUCAACGUAGUCUGGGUUCAUUUUGCAAGUGUUCAACUUUCAUAAUACCUAAUAACAGUAUACAUAGUCACAGGAUAAUGAAACUGACUUUUGAUGUUAGGUUUUAAUCUUCACCUGACAUUGACUUGAUUAUCGGGUUAUUUUAGAAGUGAAACUGAAUAAUCAUUUGACAUCGA